AUGACUGAAUACACUCGCCAGAGCUGCCACGUCUGCCGGCGAGCGGUGUGGAAGGACGCGGAGCAGGCGGAGGCGAAUCGGGCAGUGCUCUGCGCGGCAUGCUGCAAGCACUCAGAGCCGCCUCCGAUAUGCGGCAUUUGCUUUGACCCGUGCCGCCCUGUGCACCUCGGCUGUCGGCACAGCUUUUGCGAGGACUGCCUUCGGGCGACGGCCACGGUCGCCAUUGAGGAGGGCCGAUCCGUCCUCUCCUGCCCGGAGCCCGGCUGCAGCCGCACGCUCGCAGAGCCGCUCCUUCGCACGCUGCUUCCCGAGGCCGCGGCCCGACGGCUGCUGGAGAACCAGAACGCGCGCACUCGCGACUGGUCUCGAUCGAUUCUAGAGGGUGCGGCGCUUGCGCGACCGGAUGCGCCAGAGGUUAGGCUCGUCGCGUGGGCACGCGGCGGGCACGCGCAGCUCUGCCCGCGCUGCUACGUGCUGGUCGAAAAGUCGGACGGCUGCCACCACAUCCAAUGCCCCUGCGGACAGCACUUUUGCUUCGCGUGCGGUAAGGAGUGGGACGGCCACCAGUGCCUCGCCGAGCGGCCGCGCUUCAACUCGCAGGGCCUCUUGCCGGAGAGUGCCGAAGCGCCCGCUGCGCCGCCCUCGCUUGCCCUCGCAGCACCGCACGGCUCCUCCGCCCUGGUCGACGCUGCGAGCGCGCGCGCCGCUGUGGCGCACGCGCUGACCCUCAAGUGCCCGCGCUGCCAGCGCGCCUUUGCCAUGGAGGAUGACUUUGCGGACUGCUUCUGCCUUCGGUGCUCGAGCUGUCCAUGCAUGUUCUGCGCGUGGUGCCUCGAGGAGUGCCCGGCGACAAGCGGCGACCCGCACUCGCACGUGCUCGACUGCCCGCGCGCGCCCGCGGACAUGCGCGGCCAUGCCCUCUACCUCGCGGACCACAACGGAGGCCCGCACGUGCCGCCCCAUCCGCGGCGCAAGUUCGAGCAGCACUGGGCCGCAGCACAGCACACCGCGCUGGCGCGGCUGUUGGAGUCGAUCGGCGACGAGACGUCCGCGGCGGCGAGGGAGGUGGUGAGGGAGGCCAUGGCGGCGGCGGGGGAGCGAGCUGCAGCGGCGCUCCCAGAGCGAGGACGCUAG